AUGGCUAAGGGCCGGCUAGGUUGGAUAGAGGGGAUUCGCCUUCGAAAGUGUGUAGUGUGGCCGUCAUGUCCCGAAAGCUCGAACGCAUCGAUUCAAAAUGGGCCUGCGCUGAUUGGCUCAGCGGAGCACGGUUUUGCCGCAGCCCUUGGAGGUGCGCAACAGUGUUUGGGAUACAUCUCAAGCUGCAGCCAGUAUCAAACGAGCAUUCUUGGAGUCAAUGAUGUUUCGAUCAAGAUCCUCCCACAUUUUGGCCUCUCUUUCAUAGACACUCGCUCGGUCUAUUUCUCACCGCCGGUGAACGAGUCCUCGAAAAUGCCAUGGCCGUUCAGCUCUUCCAGCUCAGGAAAACCGUCCACACCGAGCAAGUCAGAAGACGAUGCGCGCGUCUUACCCACAUCAUGGAACGACCUGCUGCCACAACCUGCGCCGCCAUUGCAGGCUGCUAGAGAGUGGGCUCCCGUUUUCCUGACAUCCGUCGCAUCUCUGGCAGCUUUCAUGUUUUAUCAAACCCGGCUGCGGAGGUUCCCCACAACAAACCAUAUCCAGCCAGAGCUUUUCAGAAAGAGGACUCUUCUGGGCCGAGUGACCAGUGUGGGAGAUGGCGAUAACUUUCACCUGUUCCACACACCAGGCGGCAGACUGGCAGGCUGGGAUUGGCUGAGGAAGGUCCCCAACACCAGAGCCGCACUCAAGGGAAAGACAAUACCGAUACGGAUGGCUGGAAUUGAUGCUCCCGAGGGCGCACACUUUGGCCGGCCGGGGCAGCCAGGUGCGGCAGAAGCGCUGCAAUGGCUGAGAGUCUACAUACAGAACAAACGUGUCUGGGCUCGGAUUCACAGGCGCGAUCAAUAUGAACGCGUUGUUGCGACAGUAUACGUCAGACCGUUUCUGUUCAAGAAGGACGUCGGUCUAGAAAUGCUGAGGCUCGGGUUGGCAACGACAUAUGAAGCGAAAACGGGAGUCGAAUGGGGAGGGGCUGAAAAGGCAUACAAAGCUGCCGAGGCCAGGGCCAAGUCAAAGAAGCUUGGAAUUUGGAAUGGCAAGGCAAGUGAUUUCGAGAGUCCCAGGGCAUACAAGACAAGAACAAAUGAGACGGAGGUGAAGCCUGAGGGGAAAGUUGAGGGCAAGAUAGGGGCCAAGAAAACUGGCUGGUUGUCGGGGUGGUUCAAGUACCUUACGCGGCGAUACCGAUUAGCACUCUUUGAGAGGACAAUGAAUCCUCCUGCUGUGAUUGAGAUGGUUAUAUCGAUACACCGCUUUUACCUGCCACUUUCACCGUGCUCGCAACCUCACCCCCUGUGUUUGACCCGAACUUGGACGUAUCAGAUUGCAGGGACUGAUCUGUUUCCCUUCGACCGCUGCUUGAUUGCAAUUUUUGUUUUUAUCGACUUGAGGAAGAGACACGCAGCUUUUCAGGCCGUCCUUAACGGUCACAACUCACCCAAGAUGUCACUCCAAGUCAGAGGCCCCGACUUCUCGGUGACGAAGCAGAAGGCCCUAGAAGAUGCGAAAAAGAUGCAAGCUGCUGUGGACGAUGAGGUGGCCAAAGCAGGACAGGACAAGCCGCCAUAUCUUCUCAAUGAAUUGAUUGGCAAGGGAAGUUUUGGUCGUGUCUAUAAAGCAACCGACAUCAACACCAGUAUGCUUGUGGCGGUCAAAAUCAUCGACAUUGAAGAAAGCGACACCGUCAACCCGAAGCUUGCAGACACCUUCAAGGAAUUUUUGGCUGAAGUUAAUGCGCUGAAGCUUCUAAGCGACAGCGGCGCAAGGAACAUCAAUCAUGUCAUCGACGCAUUGCCUGUCGGCCAAUCUAUGUGGAUGAUCACGGAGUACUGCGCCGGAGGAAGUGUGGCUACACUCAUGAAGCCGACCGCUCCCGGUGGCCUGCAAGAGAAGUGGAUUAUUCCAAUUCUCAGAGAGGUCUCUGAAGCUGUCUUCUGGGUUCAUCGGCAAGGCAUCAUUCAUCGCGACAUCAAGUGCGCCAAUGUUCUGGUCACCGAGGCUGGUGGAGUGCAACUUUGCGAUUUCGGAGUGGCAGGUGUUAUUGAGACGAAAUUCGAUAAACGAUCAACCUUCAUCGGAACCCCUCACUGGAUGGCCCCGGAACUUUUCGAUCAGUCAACAUCCUAUGGAACAGAGGUUGAUAUCUGGGCAUUCGGCUCCAUGGUUUUUGAGAUUGCCUCCGGCUUACCACCAAACGUCAUGGCUGGUGUCGACGUUUAUCAGCUUGGAAAUUACAUCAAGGCACACACGCCUCGAUUGGAGGGCGAUCAGUACUCCGACCGACUAAAGCACCUAGUUGCCUACUGCUUAGAAGAGGAUCCGACGAAGCGACCAACAAUCGAAGAGGUACAGAACCACCCUUACAUCGCCAACUCGGCCCAAGAAUACCCAGCAGCAUCACUGGCAUUACUAGUCAGAGGAUUCAAGCUUUGGGAGUCACAAGGUGGCAGCCGUAAAUCACUCUUUGCUCCGGGAGGAGCCCAGGGCAUGUCCGGCAUGGAUGAGUCCGACUUUUCAUCCACUGCGAUGGCCAACGACGAAUGGAACUUUAGCACAACGAUGGCAUUCGACCAACAAGUCUUCCAAAAUACGGACGCUCAGGCAGUCUACGAUGUGUAUGGCUCAAACGUGGAAUUCGACCCUAUGCUUCUGGAUGACAUGUCUCGAUCCAAGCCGAAAUCGCGGCGGAGACCGCCACCACAACAACUUGCUGCCAUGAAAGCUCCCUUAGAAAAGGUGUUUGACCCAAACACUAUUUCCAAUUACGAAGACAACUCUCGAGCCUACUAUGGCAGACCGAUCCCUCCGCCAACUUCAGAUCUUCCACUGCGAGACGACUCGCUCCAGUCAACAGCAGUGAGAGAAUCACUCAUCGAUCUCGACGCUUCACUGCACGGUGGUGAUCUAUCCAACUUUGUGGAUAUGAACACCAUCAGAGCCGGCGCACCGCGCGUGUCUGUCGAUUAUCAUAUGGGCGACGAGCCAGACUUCAGCAAAGCACCAUCGAGUGACCCUGCAGAUCUAAAUCCGAAUAGAAGGACGCAGGACUGGAAGUUCCCUUCCAUGGCACCUCCGGCUUCCGCAAACCCGGAAUUGUCGAGGUUUCCCUUUAACGAAGAUCGCCCCUUCCAAGAAGAUAGGCCCUCAUGGGAUGACCGUUCGGGACCAAGUUCUGCGUCUCGCCCGCAAAUGUUCCACCAUCAGACCGAUCCUGUCCCCGCUCCUAACUAUGGCGGCGACUUAAUGGUUCCCCGGCCUGGCUCACAGAUGAACAACAGAGAGUCCACGGGGAGCUUGAUAGAUCUGGAUGAACUUAUGGUUCCGCCUCCCAGUAACCAGAAUAACCGUGUAUCUACCGGCAGCUUGAUCGACCUCGACAUGGGCUUGGCCGAUCCCAUGCCGGAGCUCACUCGUCCUUCAACAGCAAACUCGGACGUCGCAUCUGUCAGCGGCUCAGAGAUGGGCAUGGCGAACCCCUUCGACCUGGAGCGUCAUGCCUCCCUUUACGUGCCCACAUCAAACCGGGAACCUUCCAUCUACGUCCCAGUAUCGAAUAGAGAACCAUCUCUAUAUGUACCAUCAUCGAACCGAGAACCGUCAAUCUAUGUUUCGGAUGACUCGGACUUCUCCUCGCGCGCUCCCAAAGACGAUGAUCGACUAAGCCUCGUCGACCUCAACCUAGCCGAGCCCGGUGCUACCGUUCGGCCCAAUGGCCAGGGCGGGUUGCGACUUAACACACAUCGCUCAUUCAACAGCGUCAACAGUGCCGACUACUCUGAUCCCGAAUAUCUGACUCCACAGCAGGCCGCCCAGCCAGCCCUGCCCCCGGGUAUCCCGCGCUCGGUAGGGAACCGGGACAGUGGCACUAUCCCGCUGCCUCCUCCACCAGCGCCGCCGUCUGUGGAGGUCAUGCAAGGCUCAGCUAGUGCAGACGCUGUGAAGGAAGAGUUGAGGAGAAUGGCGAUGAGUUUGGGUGAGCAUCUAAGUCACGCAAACCAGUACCUGUCAACGCUACCUGUCCGUAAGGGCGGAAGACAGGACCUACAGGACCUGAUGGGUGAAUCCACUUGA